AUGAGGAAGCCGGACGCUCCGGUGAAGACAGAUGGCACCAGCACUAACAGCACCAACGACGGAGGCAGCAGGCUGAGGAAAGGGCUGUGGUCGCCCGAGGAGGAUGAGAAGCUCAUGAACUACAUGGUCGGAAAUGGACAAGGUUGCUGGAGCGAGGUCGCCAGGAAUGCGGGCUUGCAGAGGUGUGGAAAGAGCUGCCGUCUUCGUUGGAUCAAUUACCUGCGACCCGGUCUCAAGCGCGGCGCUUUCUCCCUUCAGGAAGAGGAGCUUAUCAUCCACUUGCAUUCCAUCCUCGGCAAUAGGUGGUCUCAAAUUGCGGCACUUUUGCCUGGCCGGACCGACAACGAGAUAAAGAAUUUUUGGAACUCCACCAUUAAAAAGAGGCUCAAGAACUCGUCGUCGUCGUCGUCAUCGUCAUCGUCUUUCUUCCUUAACAGUGGAGAUGGAAGCACUGUAAAUGAACCUCAAAUCCAGGCUAUGGACAUGGACUCAUCAUCAUCUUCAGCUUCUUCAUCGACGCAUGGCUUGCCCACGGGCAACCACUACGACCUAGUGCCACUUCCUGAGGUUGGGCUAGAGAACGACUACUACUUGCAUGAAGCUCGAGUCGGUACAGAGAAUGGAUACUAUGGUGGGGGUCAGGGAAUGGCGAUGGAGGGAGGAGGCACUAUGGGUAGAGGAGGCGAGCUGCUCUUGGUGCCCCCUCUCGUUAACACCAACCUGAUCGCUGACGAUAAUGUUGAUGUGAACGAGAUCCCAAGUGACAAAGCAGUGGGAGGUGGAUUGUUUUGGGAGGGUGAGAAGGUUAGAGUGGGGGAGUGGGAGUGGGAGUUGGAAGACUUGAUGAAAGAUGUCUCUUUUCCUUUCCUUGAUUUCCAAGUCGAAUGAUGGGCCAUUAAUUCUUCAGAUCUCACCUCCAUCUUUCCUUGAUGAAAGAUGUCUCUUUUCCUUUCCUUUCCUUUUGCGUUGCAGUCUAGCUAAUUGCGUAGGCUUCCAAAUUCUCUGAAACCUCCUCCUACUCUUCGUUAUGACUCCACAAAAUUCAAACUUUAUCCAUAUAGUUCCAGCAAUUUCUAUGAAGCUUGCUCUUCUAA